CUUUUUGAAGAUUUCUAGUCCGGAGCUCGUGAUUCCAAAUCCGUUUCCGGCUCGCGCCCCAUGGGAGGCGAACCCGGUGGCGGCGCCGACGCGGCCCCGCGGGCGGCGGAGGAGGCGAUGACGGUGGUGGUGGACGAGGAGACACGGGCGGCGCUGCUGCGGAAAAUAACGGUGGAGGGGGGUUUCGCGUACGUGAGCUCGGCGGAGCUGGCGGCCGGCGGGGACCUCCGGGCGGCGGAAGCGGCAAAGGAGAUGGCGUGGGAGCAGCUCCACUCCGGGCCUUGGCACGAGGUCGUCCCUGCAUGGCGGGACGCGUACGCCAUGGCUUGCCUCCAGGUGGCGGAGCUCCGGGCCGGCGCCGGCGAUCGCCGGGAGGCCCUCCGGGCGCUCGACAUGGGGCUGAUCAUGGGCGGCUCGCUCCUCCGCUGCGACCUCCACGCCGCGGUGGAGAGAAUCAUGGCGAGGAUGGGCGAAGGGGAGGUUGAUGGAUCCGACGGUGGGGAUUCUGUGGAGAGGUGGAAGGAGGAGUUCUCCAAGAACUGGAACUUGACAGAGGUGCUUCGAGUUCUGCCAAGCAGAUCAUUAUCCUGCAAAAUAAUCGAGAAACGGUCAUCCCUUUCUUUGGAGACAUUUGUACGUGAUUAUUUUUUACGUGAUUCUCCGGUUAUAAUCAGUGGCUACAUUGAUCAUUGGCCUGCAAGGACAAAAUGGAAAGACCUUGAGUAUUUGAAAAGGAUUGCAGGAGAUCGAACUAUCCCUGUUGAGGUUGGAAAGAACUAUCUCUGCUCUGAGUGGAAGCAAGAGCUAAUCACCUUCUCUCAGUUUCUUGAGAGGAUCUGGUCUGCUGACAGUCCUGCCAACCUGACAUACCUAGCUCAGCAUCCCUUAUUCGAUCAGAUACAAGAGCUGCACAAUGACAUAAUGAUUCCAGACUACUGUUUUGCUGGUGGCGGGGAACUCCAGUCUCUAAAUGCUUGGUUUGGUCCACUUGGAACAGUGACACCACUGCACCAUGAUCCACACCAUAAUCUUUUUGCACAGGUUGUUGGCAGAAAGUACAUAAGACUCUAUCCAGAUUCGGUUUCGGAGGACUUGUACCCUCAUAGUGAGUCCAUGCUGAGCAAUUCCAGCCAGUUUGAACUCGGCACUAUUCUGAGGACUAUCUUUCGAAGAUUUUUUCCCCAUCAAACAUUACUUAUGAUGUGCAGACUGCUCUCAUCUCUUUGUAGACCUUGACAACAUUGACGUGAAAGAGUUUCCUAAGGUAGAAGAUCUGGACUUCAUGGAUUGUAUCUUAGAGGAAGGUGAUAUGCUUUACAUUCCACCCAAGUGGUGGCAUUACGUGAGGUCGCUUUCCCCGAGCUUCUCUGUUAGUUUUUGGUGGAGUGCUACAGGGCCAUCAAAGGGUUUACAGUAGUAGUCCUAUAAUUUUCCAUGCCGUUUGUCUUAUGGGUAUUGGACAUCCAAUGAAAGAAAUUUAAAACGUCAUUCUACCCACUAUUUGCGAUCCAUCAUCACAGGAAAUGUCAUGUUCUCUUGUACAUGGUUGUUUUUGUCUACUGAUCAAAGAAAAUAUACCAUAGCAAACUUUCUCGUAAUCAAA